GUCAUUUCUAUGAUAAUUUUAAUGAAAUGUUAAAAAAUAAGUCAUUACAUCUAUUACAUAUACAGUACAUACAGUAUGAAAUAAUACCUGACAUUUAUAGGUCGGAACAUUAAAACUACUACGAUAGUACGCCCCCGGGGGUAUAUUCAGUGGCGCACAGGCUGGCUUUUAGGUCCACUUUUAAACGUUUACUUUCUCUAAUGUAUUGUCUUAAGGGUUUUUUGUUUGGCGUAUCUUGACAGCAUGUCUUCGUGUGUUUAUUAGGUAUCAGGUUCUGUUUUAUGUAUUGUCAUACAUCUGUUUUACACUUUUAGAGGGCACACUUCCGGUCCAUUCUUCCGUCCUUCACUCGCCUCAAGCUGACGCAGGUUGUCAAACAUGGCGGUUCAGGUGUCCGAGUCGGACCAGGUCAAACAGUUCAAAGAGUUUUUGGGGACGUACAACAAGGUGACAGAGAACUGCUUCAUGGACUGCGUCAAAGACUUCACCAGCAGGGACGUCCGGCCCGAAGAGUCCGUGUGCUCCGAGUCCUGUCUCCAAAAGUACCUGAAGAUGACCCAACGGAUCUCCAUGCGCUUCCAGGAGUACCACAUCCAGCAGAACGAGGCGCUGGCGGCUAAAGCGGGUCUGCUGGGUCAAUCUCACUGAACUGGGAUGAUGGAAUAUUUGGCUAAUAAAAAUGUGACUGAAAUUUAAAAACUUUAUUGGAAACCAGUGCUGUGGCCAUAUGGUGUGUGUGUGUGUGUGGCCCAGCAACAAACGUGUACAAAGUGUUCUCUUAAAAAUACUAUAAAUCUUUACAAGGUGGUCUGCACAAAGCUUAUGUACAAAACAGGAAGUGGAGCGGCGCUGAGGUCAGGAACCAUUUUGUCUGCCAAAUGUUGAACACCAACUGAUAUUUC